GUGACCUUUUCAUCCAAAAACAAAUACAAAAAAAGUCGACUGAUCCGGCCCAUUUCUUAUGCUUACCCGGAAUUAUAAUAGCAUAGGGUAAAAAAAACUCAAACAAGAGAGAAAAGGAAUGGCCUGAAGGAGAUUUGAAGACGAAAGGAUGAAGAAGGUGAAAGAGUCAUGUAGACCCUUUUUAGAAAUCCCAUCUGCUCUGUUAUGGGAAAUUCUGGGUAAACUUCCCGUGAAGACAUGUUUAACCUCCUCCCGUUUUACCAUGUUCUUUCAAGAGUUUGGUGAUGGUGGUACCUUCAAGCUAGUUGAGCUUGAAAAGGCUUUUGAAUUCGACGAUUUCGGGUAUUGUGUUGUGGGUGUUGAUGAUAUGAUUAGAGGUGGAUCCAGGAUUUUUGGACCAUGGGGUCCUAAAUUUUCUUACCUUUGAGUUUUUACCUUGAGCUAAUUCAUACUUCGUAUCUUUUAGAAAUAAACUCAAAAAAUAUUUUCUAUUUAAAUCAAUGUUUAAACCCUAA